UUGGGCUACAGUAAGUUUCGUUUUUGUGGAAUAUCUCAUCUCCGAUAGUCAGUUAUUCAGUUAUUUCCAUAUAUGUGGAUAUGGCCAUUCCACAGUGAGACCAUUAUUGAUAGCGGUGCGGACAUUUUUACAAAACAGACUACUAUUGGAAAUAGGCACACAUAUUUGAUUUGCAUAUAGCUCGUCGAUUUCGUAGCAGGCUAGUUAUCUCCGCUUGAUUUCCCCAUGGCCCAUGCAGCCGUAUCUGCACUGGAUUUGGGGGGAGAGAAACAGUUGUUACAGUUUUUUCCCGAACCUGUCCGACUUCACCUGCUCUACAAGGUGCCCAACCAUGGAUUUAAGAUGAGCGAUUUGAUUUCUAAAUUCGAUCAAGAGGGAAGAUUCAUCGUAAUCGUUUAUUUGGAAUCCGGCACGAUGAAGGGGGGAUAUAUGAGUAAACGACCUGGUUUUUAUUGCCAAGAGGACAGAGGGGCAUUUGUCUUCGAAAUAGACCAUCAAAAAGCAAACGUCUUUCCUGUCGUGAACCACCAUAAUUCAAUCAUUUUUAAUAGAGAAAAAAUAGGCUUUGGGGGUUGCCUAAACAUUUACAGCAAUAAGGACAAAACACUCUGUGUUGAUGUGGGGUUCGAUGAUACCUACACACCCACCGAUUGGAGUGACGAGUUUGAGGUGCCCUUCAUGGUUGUGGAGUUGCAUCGCAUUCAAAGUGUUGGAGAUGUGCUGCUGAACCCUUGGAGGGAGCUGUCGUGGACUGAGAAAGAGAGGGGGUCACUGAGGAAGAAUCUGGUCUCCUUCAAACCGGCCUGCCAGUCUCUGAACCAAGUCAGGGUUCUGCUGAUGGGUCCUCCUGGGUCAGGAAAAUCCAGCUUCAUCAACUCUGUCAGAUCUGUGAUGUUCGGAAGAGUCCUUCUCCUGCCUUUUAUUGGCACUGCAACAAAGGGCUUCAUCAAGAAGCUGAAGUCAUAUGACAUCCGGUCAGAGAGAGGAGGGAAGCCCACAGCUCUGACCCUGUGUGAUGUGUUGGCUCUGGGGGACGGUGAGACGACUGGCCUGACCCUCCCAGACGCACUGGCUGUCAUCAACGGGCACGCCCCCGAGGGACACAAGUUUCAAAGUGAAGCGCCCAUCAAAGCUGAGACUUCAGGUUACAGACCUGUUCCAUCGGUAAAUGACCAAAUCCAUUGUGCGGUGUUUGUUUUGAAUGCCUGCCAAGUCAUGACCACCAGUGAGGACCUUACAGAGACACUGAGGACACUUCAAGCUGAAAUCUCAGACCUAGACAUCCCCCAGGUGGUUCUGUUGACCCAUGUGGACCAGGUGUGUCAUGCCGUCCAAGAGGAUGUGAAGUUUGUCUACUCCAGCCGCAUCCUACAGGAGAAGAUGCAGAAGGCAGCAGAGGUGGUGGGUUUGCCAGUGUCCUAUGUGCUUCCAGUGAAGAACUAUUCCAGUGAGUUGUCUGUGAGCUGCAACACUGACAUCCUGCUGCUGAGUGCAGUUCAUCACAUUCUCCAAGCUGUGGACGACACAUUUGAGGAUUACUGCCCUUCAACCCCUGCAGAUAACAAACCGUCCAGUGACGGUUUACUGUUUGAUAAGUAACUGGGUAGAAAGGUGUUGUGCUGCAAUGCAUGUGUCAUAAGCAGUGUUGGGAGUAGUUACUUGAAAAAGUAAUAUUACAUGAAAGUAACGCAUUACUUGUUAUAUUACUUUGUGUUGCUUUCACGAAAAUAAAUCUCAAAACCUUA